GGAGAAAAUAGCUAAAAAAUUCUGCUUAUGAAUCGGUGUCACACACGUAAAAGGUGUCUUUCAGCACGCAGCACAACUGUGUAGCGAGCACUGAAGCUGCUUUAUCUCUGUAGUAUUUGUGUUAUUACUGGAUUUGCAUAAACCGCGUCUAGUUAUAUCACGUCUUGUUAAGGCUACAAUAUUAUCUUGGCCUUAUUUAAAUAACAGUGGCUAAAUAUAUCAGCUGUUGCGGUUCUGUAACAAAAUCGACUCUGUUCGAAGCAGAAUUCCCCACUGUACCAAUAUCUGCAGGAUUUGGGACACACAGAUUUUGAAGUAUGUUCCUCAGUGUCACAGAAGGCAGAGCAAUGUGCAGCAGCAGAAAGCCAAAGGGAGCAGACUGUGCGUGCUGCCCAGAAGCAAGGCAUCCUGUCAAAACUAGUUGAGUUUUUUAGAAGCUGGUUUCCUUUUCUACAGUAUAAGAAAAACAAUGACAUACUUCACCGACUGGAUGUUGGAUUUCGAUUUGACACGCUCCGUACCAUCCUGCAACAGGAAGUUCUGCUGCAGGAGGAUGUGGAACUGAUUGAAUUCCUUGACCCCAGUAUCCUGUCUGCAGGGCAGUGUAAGCAACAGGAAAACAGACAACUUCCAACGCUACGCUCCCUAGCAACUCCUAAUAUUUGGGAUGUCUCGCUGUUCCUUGCCUUUGUAAGUGCACUGCUUAUGUUUCCUUCGUGGUGGAAGGAAUCAUCAUGGCUGCUGUGUGGACCAGUGCUGCUCCUCUAUGCAGUCUUUAGAGUGUGGGGCACGUGGAGGACAGCCAAGCUGCAAAUGUCCCUGCGAAAAUACUGUCUCCAGCUGGAAGAAACAGUGGCGAAUAGCCGAGCCUUUACUAAUCUCGUGAGGAAAGCUCUACGACUCAUUCAAGAGACUGAAGUGAUUUCCAGAGGAUUUACCCUUUUGCUUGACAGGGUCAGUGCCGCUUGCCCAUUUAAUAAAGCUGGACAGCAUCCUAGUCAGCACCUGAUCGGCCUCCGGAAAGCCGUGUAUCGCUCCGUCAGAGCCAACUUCCGAGCUGCAAGACUGGCUACUCUGUACAUGCUGAAAAAUUACCCUCUGAACUCGGAGAGUGACAACGUGACCAGCUACAUCUGUGUGGUCCCCUUUAAGGAGCUUGGUUUGGGGCUGAGUGAAGAGCAGGUCUCCGAAGAGGAGGCACACAAUCUGACUGAUGGCUUCAGCUUGCCUGCACUCAAGGUCCUCUUUCAGCUCUGGGUAGGGCAGAGUUCAGAAUUUUUCAGGAGGCUGGCGCUGCUGCUCUCCCCAGCCAACGCAUCCCCCAAGCCCUUGGUGUCCCCAGAGCGGCUGCCUCACCACAUCCUGCGCGACGUCACCCAGGGCCUACCUCACACCCACGCCGCCUGCUUGGAGGAGCUCAAGAGGAGCUACGAGUUCUAUCGCUACUUCGAAACUCAGCAUCAGUCAGGCUUGGAAUGGCCAGCCAGGACCAAGCAGGAGUCCAGAGAGCUCAACAGUCUCCAGACAGCGGUACGCAGCUUGCAGCUUCACCUCAAGGCACUGCUCAAUGAGGUAAUAAUUCUUGAGGAUGAACUUGAAAAGCUUGUUAGCACUAAGGAGACACCCGAGUUGACAACAGAAGCCCGUCAGGUUCUGGAACAAAAGCUAAAGUUUAUUCAGCCUCAUAUCCAGGCAAGCAACAGCUGCUGGGAAGAAGCCAUUUCUCAGGUGGAAAAAAUAAGUGGAAGAAACCCAAAUAAAAAAGGCAAAAUUGAAGUUUCCUGUGACAACCUACAGCAUACUACAGUACCUUUAACACAGCCUGCCAUAUACAUAGAAAACAAAGAUCCAAUCCCUGAAGAGCAGGAACUGGAAGCAUAUGUUGAUUAUUCAGAUACAGAUAAUGAGUACAAAAGGGAAGAUUUUUACUGCUUCUCCCAAGAAGAAAGAGAGAGGCAAGAGCGAGAGAGACAGGAAUCUAAGAGGGUGUUACAAGAAUUGAAAUCUGUACUGGGAUUCAAAGCUUCAGAAAUUGAAAGACAGAAGUGGAAACAGCUACUAUUCAGUGAACAUGCUGCAGUGAAACCCUUGUCUCCUGUAGAACCAUUGAAGCUACUAAAUAAUGUGGAAUCACAUAUGAAUUCAGAUACAGAAAAGCAGGACUACAGCCAAAGUUGUGAUAAAUCUGAAGAAAAAGAUUCUAAUCCAGAAGUGAAUGCUGCUGAUAAAAGCAGGACAGAGUAUUUGUAUGAAGAUCCUGAGAUGGAGAAAAACAAAGACAGUACUGCAGCUAAAGAUGUUUCUACAGGGGCAGAAGAAAGAAUGUACUAUCACUGUGAAGGGGAGGCUGAAGAACUCAAACCGAGCAGUGUGGAUGGAGUAGAGGCUUCACAGCCUCCCUCUAAGGAUACCUUACAUUCAAAAAUCAAGGAUAGGCUGGCCCAGCUCCACAUAUCAACAGAUUUUAACUUCACAUCUGGUCUGGCUGCACAAGUUGCUGCCAGGUCUUUCACUUUUACUACAAUGCAGGAAGAGACUUUUGGAGAUGAUGGGGAGGAGGAGGUGGAGGAGGAAGAAAAUACACAGGAGAAUGAAGACCUUGUGGAGAACUGUGAAAAUGAAGAGAGAGGCUCUGAAAGUGAAGGAAAAGUAUAAGUCUGAGCUUUUUAUUAAACCAACUUUAUUAAACCAACAGCAGGCGGUUUGAUGGAAAAAAAAACCUAAGGUGGGGGUUGAAGCUGAAAAUACUGGAUGGAAAAAAGGAGACUUAAAUAUAAUACAUCGUGUUCCGUAAGACUGAUACACUAAAUAGGACUUCUAAGUAUAUUGAAAUUUUGCAGGUAAGAGAAGUUUAGGCUGCAUCCAAAAAAGAGAUGGCUGGUCCCUUUUUAAGAUCCUAGUAAGGGGGGUUAGAAUUUACCUUUGUGUUUUCUGUUUUAUUUAUUUAUAUUAUAGUUUCUUGUUUCUAAAAAGAAGGAAAAAUGCUUUGAUUUACAACAGACUCCAUUUUUUUUUUCUCUCUGAUUAUUUUAUCAUGGUAUCAGUGUUUGUUCCAACAAAAAAAAGCCAGGACAUUUCUUUUGGAAGAACCUGAACUGUUCCCUGUGAUCUUCCUCCACCACUUUUGAUUCACUUCUUGUGUCUGCAGUGUGUUGGCUAAGCCACGAUAGGCAUUUGUGAUUCUGCGACUAGUGAUGUGGCACCCAGCUAAAAUGUAGAAUUUUAAAUAAAAACUUGAAAGAGCUAGUA